CUCAGUCAUACGACAGCCCAGACACAAACUGGCGGAAAGAACAAUCACUUUUCUCCCCGAGGCUCUGCGCAGACGGCGCAGACUGUCCGUCCGCACCGCUCAGAUCCGACGGGAAGUUCGUUAAAAGCGUUGCUGAAUGUGCGUAGACGUAAACCAGACAGGGGUUUCCUCUUUUUUUUUUUGGUACCGAGCGAAGAGGAGAUGCACACGGCACUCGAGUGAGAGUGCACGUCUGGGAAGAGUUGGAAACCCCCCCAUACACAGUAUUAUCAGGACUGGGGGGCCUAUGAGGAGACGUAUUACGGGGACCAGAAGUAAGGGGACCAUGCGAGUCCACGUCCACACCAAGUUUUGUUUCCUGUGCGUGCUCACCUUCCUCUUCAAUCAGUGCAACCACUGCCAUGGAGACGGGCACAACCAUCAGCACGGCGGACAUCACCAUGCCGACCACACCCACAGCGACCUGCAGAUUUCCGAGGACCCGUACGUGAGAGCAGCCACUUCGUCCCCAGACCCCAAAAGUCCUCAAGGGCAGACUUUAGAAGAGGAGCAGCGCUUCUACAUCCAGCAGCUGUUCAGGCGCUACGGCCAGAAAGACCGGCUGGAUUUCCAGGGAUUUCAGAGCCUGCUGUUUAGCUUGGGCCUAGGUGAAGUGAAGGUGGUAGAUGUGGAUCACGAGGAGCUGGGCCAUGACCACGUGGCUCACCUCGACCUAGUGGAUAUGCAAGAGGGGCUUCACUCACAUUCGACCGCCAAUGAAGAGCAUAGCCAGGGUCACGGUCACAGGCACGGCCAUCCGCACCACAAGCCCGGCUCCCACCAUCCACACACAGAAGUUCCCACAAAGUGCACCCAGCACACCACUAGUGCCAGUCCAGCUGCUGGUGCACCGACAGGGCAUGACCAUGAACAUGACGCAGAACACAAUCAUGAUCCCGCCAAGGAUGGUAACCAUAAACAUUCUGAUGGACAUUUGCAGGACACGCAUGAUCAUGAUCAUGAUCACGGCCACGAUCACGCACACGACAAAGAGCACAAACAUGAGCAGGUACGGGUGAACUCCAACCAAAAGGACCCUCCUUCUCAACCUCACAGCGCUCAUGACCACAGCGACCAUGACCACAGUGACCACGACCACAGCGCUCAUGACCACAGCACUCAUGAUCACAGCACUCACGACCACAGCGACCACGACCACAGCGACCACGAUCACGGCCACAGCGACCACGAUCAUGGCGACCACGACCACAGCGAGCACGAUCAUGGCCACAGCGAUCACGGCCAUGACCACAGCGAUCACGGCCAUGACCACAGCGAUCACGACCACAUCGACGACGGCCACAGCGACCACAACCACAGCGAUCACCAUGAUCUCGACCACAAUCAUGUCCCCAAAGUGCAGACAGUCACAGACAUUCCUCCUUCUCCCCAGUUGGAUCCGUCCCAAGUGCCACAGUCCUCUCCCACCACCACAGUAAAACCAAAGAAACCGAAAAAGUCGGCCAGGGUCAGAGGCCAGCGAGGGCGAAACAGAACCCCUUCUUCUCCGCCUCCAUCCGGUGACCAUGACCAUCAAUCCGAACACAGUCACGACCGUGAUCACGGUCACAGCCUUUCUCAUAAAGAUAAGAGAGAGGCCCCCGGAGGGCAUGCCACCCCCCCAACUUUGCCAGUCCCUGUCUUGUCUGGCCACCUAGAAGGAUUGUCCCAUCAGCAUGAGGAGUGUUUGAACCUGACUCAGCUGCUCACCUACUACGGCCUGAGUCCCGACUCGCUCAUCUCCCAGAGCCAGUUCACCUACCUGUGUCCUGCCCUGCUCUACCAGAUAGAUAGUCGUGUCUGCAUUCGCCAUUACCACCAGAUGGAUGUGCAGCAGGAAGCCUUGGAGCCCGUCAGUUCCGCGUGGGUGUGGCUGUGGGGGUUCGUGUCCAUCACCAUCAUCAGCCUGCUGUCUCUGCUGGGCGUGGUGCUCGUGCCCAUCCUCAAACAGUCCUGCUUCAAGUUCCUGCUCACCUUCCUGGUGGCGUUGGCAGUGGGCACGCUCAGUGGAGACGCUCUCCUUCAUCUGCUGCCUCAUGCUCAAGGGCAGCAUGACCACGGCGAGCACGGGACGAGUGAGGAAACUGAUAUGGCAACAAAGUUUGACGGAGUGUGGAAGGGCUUAACGGCGCUGGCCGGCAUCUACCUGCUCUUCAUCAUCGAACACUGCAUCGGCAUGUUUAAGCACUACAAAGACCACAGGGGCAUGAAGAAGGCGAACGAGGACGGCAAGAUCGGCAGGAAGUUGUCCGACCACAAAUUAAACCGGCGCUCGGACGCAGAGUGGCUGCACCUGAAGCCGCUCACCGAAGACCCCGACAGCACCGCCGUCUCCUGCGACAACGGUCACAACGACACGCAGCUCUCGGAGCUCCGGCCGCCCGACUCUCCCACCAACAAGACGCCGCUGGCACCCGCAGACCCCCAACCAGACCAGCCGUCGCACACCAAGGAGAACGGACGCAAGGUCAAGCAUCACGGACACUCGCACGGCCACUCCCACGGUGGGAACUGCCACUCCGACCAGGAGAUGAAGGAUGCGGGUAUAGCCAGCAUCGCCUGGAUGGUCAUCAUGGGCGACGGCAUGCAUAACUUCAGUGACGGCCUGGCUAUCGGCGCAGCAUUCAGUGCAAACCUGACGGGAGGCAUCAGUACGUCAGUGGCUGUUUUCUGCCAUGAAUUACCUCAUGAACUCGGUGACUUUGCGGUGCUGCUGAAAGCCGGGAUGUCAGUGAAGCAGGCCAUCUUCUACAACCUGCUGUCCGCCCUCAUGGCCUACGUCGGCAUGGUGAUCGGCACCGCUGUGGGCCAGUACACACACAGUGUCACCAGCUGGAUCUUCGCCAUCACGGCUGGCAUGUUCCUUUACGUGGCUCUGGUGGAUAUGCUGCCAGAAAUGCUCCACGGGGACAGCGAGGACCACAAGCGCUGCCAGCUGGGACACUUUGUCCUGCAGAACAUGGGCUUGCUGACCGGGUUCGGCAUCAUGCUGCUCAUCGCCAUCUUCGAGGACCGCAUCGUUUUUAAUUUUGGCUUUUAGUGGAGGAGAGCCGGGGGGUGAAGGAGGGGAGAGCUGGAUGUAUCAGUAUCGGUCCUCUCGGCCUUAACAUGCUUCGUUUUCCCGACACACCGGCCCAGUCUUGCAUGCGGUGUGGGUCUUGUUCAUGGCCAGUGCCUCCAUUCCAAACAUGCAGCGGUAGCUUAUGCAUAUCUCAUGUUUCUGCCAGUGAUGUGUUUACACUCUGCCUCUCCAUUACCAGCUCCCAAACCCCGAAAGGAGAGAGAGAGAGAGAGAGAAAGAGAGAGAGAGACUACACACCAACCAGAGAACACCUCCUCUGCUCUGAACCACUAAGCUCCAUCUAAAGAAAAAAAAAAAAAAAAAGAAGAGCUGCAGACAGUAAGGUGGUUCAGGAAGCGUGUUCCUGUCACGGCCCGGCAGCUCACCGCCUAUGCACCACCAUCAUCAUCAUCAUCAUCAUCACCUGUUGUUAGUGUGUUGUCGGCGUACGCCUCCCCUCCUCCUCCUCCUCAUCUCGUCUCCAUCCUGUGCUGUGUCCCGUCAUCCAUGCUUCGUACAUCUGUGGUGCGCGCUCCAUCCAUCAUCAACUCCUGAUGUCAUCAUGCUGUGAAUGAAAAAACACCUCAUGUCUCUCUGUGCCAAGCCCUGGCCACUGGAGCAGCACUGACGGAGCGCUCACUUUAGCUAGCUACUUCCAGAAUUAGCCAUUUAGCUUCACAUUCAAAAUGUCUUGAAAGCUUCAAGCUUCAGUGUCAAAACAGUCAAGUGUGCCCCUUGAUUUUUCCUAGUAGAUCUAUUUUUUUUUUUGCUGCAACUUUCACCAUUUGUCACUUUAAAGUGUUUUUUUUUAUUGUCUAAUUCCAUGGGAUUAUUAAACCCUUGUAGUUCAUAGUGUUAGCUAACACAGCUGCCAAAGCCUUUACAAAUUAGAAUUUAAGACAUUCAUGUUUUUGUUAAGAAACUAAACGUCACAAAUGUCAGACCAAUUUCUUUUUUUAAUGGUUUGGCUAUCUGUAGCCGUUGGAACUUUAUUGUUAGGCCUUUACGUUGUAUCUUUCUUUAUCAGAAUCAGCAGCUACAAAAUGUGAAUUCAGAGAAACCAACUGUGUUGUAGUUUGUAGUUGUAGCCUUUUUGAGUUCUUAAAAGGUGCUUAUUCCAAUCGGACCACCCUGCAGUGGACAUUUCAUUACAGUAGGAAGUUGAGUGUCACACUAUUGCAGACUUCUUUUUUGAUGAACUCUAAAUACACAGGGUCUUUAUAGCUUCAGUAGUCGAGCAGCAAAUAUCUAUGUUUUGUUGCUGCAAAAAAAUAGAUUUGAAAGUAGUUUUGUCGAUGAAUGAACUUCCUGACAGUCUGAGACGGAUCAAACAGAAGACGGUUCUCUUGUUUACCCUGAGUUAUUAAGCCGUAGGACAAAGAGGGUACAUUAUCAACAGUCUGCUGACUGUGCCAAAACUGGCCCAAGUGUGGCUUUUCAGUGGCUGGCGCUUGACAACCCCCCCCCCUCCCCCUCACUCCAUACAUUCCAUUGGCCGUCCUGCGGCUCACCUGCUUAGCUAGCUAGCCUGGCUUCAGCUGCUAGAGCACACAGCUAAUGUGUGUGGCUUCAUUUAUCCUGUCACUGUGUGACAUCCAUCAUCUUAUGUCUCAACUGGCUGUAAGUCAUCGUCGGUCACAUUGAAGUCGUGUUAUUGAUCAUGUCAUGCAUGGAGCAUGAGUGAAAACGGUACAGACGCUGUGUUGAGUGUACAUUUGAUUUCAUUCUUUGUACUGCAAAGUUAAACUACGAGCAGCCUUUGUUACUUUUUAAAUGAACCGCGUGAAGAGCCUGAGGAAUUCCUUGGGGCGUAGUGUGACUGCUGUUCUGAGCCUUUUUUGUUGUUGUUGAUGCAGGUGUGAGAUCACAUGACUUAUCUGCAUCACUUACUUACUUAAAAUUAUAUCUUUUUACAGGCAUUUUAUUAUUUCAUCUUAUGUUCAACGGGAUCUAAAUGUACUUUCAUUCUGUUCCAACACCAAGUAAAGUUCAUAGUUUGAAAUUUGACUAUUUGAUAUUUAUCUGGUAUUUUUCUACAAAAUUCAUUUUUAUUGUGUUUUUGUAUUUUUAAAGAGAUAAGGGGUCCCUAUUUUUCUGAUUUUCUUUGAGUUUCUGUAUUUCUUUUCUAAUUAAAAUCCAAACGGUACUGUCAGGCGUGCGAUAAGCUAGUGACACUACGCCCCAAAGUUUCUUCACUGAAAAACAUUGUCUGAAAAUGAAGGUCGAUGAUUGUUUUCAUACUUGCUUUUCUUGUAUGUUUGUUUAGUAAUCGGGAUAUAAAAUGCAAAGUGUGACAUUCUUGCUGUUUGCCUAUCUGUGCAUUCUCCCCAUCACGGAAGGAAAAUAA